CAACUUCAAGGUAUAUAGGCUCUUCCUUGAAAUAUCCUCCGUUUACCUUUUCUGAUCAACCAUUGUAAAUUUAAAAAAAAUCCUAGACAAUAAAUCAAGUCAUUCUGCCAAUCCUUUUCUCUACCAUCUUACAAGUUGUGAAAUACUUUUUUAGUUUUAGUUUUGAUAUAAUGUAAAUACAUAUACAUAAUCAAAACUAAAUAAAUGUAUAUAUCAUCCAUUUUUAAGCAAUAUCAAUAGAUUGAUGUGCAUAUUUUACAUGGCUACUAUCCUCACAAAUAUUGAGGGAUAUGCCCUUUCUAUUAUUUCCAGGAGGGGUCAUGGCUUAGAUGGGGAGUUCUAGAGUAUUUAAUGCUCAUUUUGAGCUACGCAGACCCAAUUAAGGGCCACGCUCUAACAGACAACUCCCUGCAACAUCCGACAGUCCACACAGUGUGCCAUCUCCUCAAUUUCCCUUACAUGGCUUGGGUAAACCCAGUAUUACGCGACAUCGUGAAACGCAUGUACAUGUAUAACAUUACAUUCGGGCGGUACUGUAUAGAAAUUUCUUUGGGUUGUGGAAAGAGUUACAUAAAACAAAAAAAUUGACUACUCAAUGAACGAAUGUCUUUCUAAUUCCAAUUUGUUUGUUUGGAAAACAUGAUGUGUUAAUUGCCUGUCUUUUUUGUUAACAUGUCUGCAAUCACUUCAGCAAUUCAUGAGUGCCACAUGAAUUAAAAGGGCCGUAGCCCAUUUAUUAUGAGAGACAAAUACUAUAAAAAGCAUUUUAGACUAUACUUUCAGAUGCCCUUGAUUACCUCUACUUCUUUUUUUCCUUUAGCAUCUCAGUCCCACAUAAUAUAUAGUCUGUAUUAACUUUUUCUAAUACAACAUAAGAAAAUUUAAUGUGACCAGAACAACAACAACAUCAAAGUUUUUACUAAUUUCUAAUUUUUUGCAGUUAUAAUUUCAGGCAUCUAUCAAAUGAGUAGUGUGUUUGAAUUUCUUAGGCAUAUAUAUUAUCUAGAUAAUUUUACUUAGUUUAAGAUAAAUAUACAAGAAAAAGGUGAGAAAAAUGUUUUUUGCAGCAACAUGAACAACAUAUUGGUUUGGAAUGCCCAAUAAGAAGCGAAACCUCAGUGAAGACAAUGGAGACAUGGUGAACCUAAAGAAAGCUGCACUGAACAUAACCUCAAGGUUUGGUCUCCUAAACACUCAUCGACCUUUAGUGGUAGCUAUUUCAGAAGAACGACAAGCUCAUGAAACACUUCUAAAGUUAAUCUUGACAAGGGUUAAUGCUGGAACAUCCAUUUUAAGAUGGGCAAAAAGCGAAGAAAAUCAAGAACUAAAAAAUUCCAUGUGCCGAUUAUAUGACAUCAAUUUAAUGUGGGCGCAAGUGCAGCGGGAAUAUGCAGAAAAGAGUAACGCGCUGGGAAUGUCAUUAAAAGAAAUUCUUCAAGUCGAGGCUGGCUUGGAUGCAUUAAGAAAAAACUUAAAAGAUGUUUCAGAAAAGAGAGAAAAACUGUCGAAAUCUCAUGGCGAAGCUUUGAAGAAGAAAGGCGAUCAUAAUUCCUCACCAGUUGCUUCAGAUGAACUUGAAAAGCUUAUUGAUGAAGAAGAGGAACUUACGUCUGAAUUGGAUGUCAAAAAUAUCAAGGCCGAGAUUUUCAAAAGCACUGGUAUAAAGAAAUCACUGACAACUGUGAUGGAUGCAAAUUUAGAGUUAGCUCGCAAAAUGCAGCUGAUUUUUACGACAGCGAAAUUAGUACUGGAAGAAAUUCCAGACGUGCCCAGUCAUUUAAAAGAAAGAAAAAAUGGCGAACCGUUAAAAGAAAACGAAAGUGCAGACCUCGUUUCUGAGCUUGCUGCAAGUUUAAACAUCCAAAGGUCACUUUCAUCAACACAAAGCACCAGUGAAGAUGGUGGUGGAUCUGCUGUUUUCCAUGUUGGUUUGCAUGCACCUCAUCAUUCGAAACCGAAUUCACCCAAUACGCCCGAAACUGCGAAAAAACCAGUUUCGGCUUUCAAAAAGGUUAUGACAAAGUUAGGAUUGGAGAGACCAUUGCCUGUUCCACCAAACUCGAAACAUUCUCAAUUUGUUGAUGAUGAUUUACAGGGUUUUGUGAUGGUGUCAAACAUCCCGCCGCCCACGCAGUUACCUCCUCCCAUACCUAGAAACGACUUUAGAAGGCGAUCCAAAAGUAAUAACCUUCCGCUUCGGAUGUACGCAAAGCCUUAUGGUGCAGGCGACAAAUUCAAAGACGAUGCGAUAGGACUGACCGACGACGGCGACGAUACUGACGACUAUAUUGAACCACUUUCUGAAUCGCCGUUCAUGAAUCGGAUAUAUCGUUCGUCUUCUGAUUCCAAUUUAGCAAGCUCUACAAUGUCGAGCCAUGGGUAUUGUGAGCCGUGGGAAUACUAUGCUUCCCAUGGUUUGAAUGAUGACUUUAAGCGCGAGAGAUCAAACACUGAUUAUCCUGUUACUACACGGGAUAGUAAACACGAAUAUGAGAGACCGUUCGAAAUGAGUAAAGAUGACACCACAAAGUACGGAUAUAGCCGGGCAUACGAUCAUAAGAAACCGUCUGUGAUGGAAGGAGAAAUCUAUAAUGAACCCUUAGAUUUUAUUGGAGACAACUCAUAUGCUGAUCUCCACCGUGGUGCUGACAAAAAUAACGAUGAGGAUGAAUUUUACAGCGUUCCUUACGACACAUACAAAACGAGGCAUGACCGAAACUCAAAUAAUCAAGGUGAUGACCUCAUCAACGAACCAAAGUAUAUGAUACUUGAAAAAGAAAAGGAAACACAAAAAGAAGAAGAGGAAGAAGUAUUCCAGAGUUUAUAUCAAAACCCAACUGAGGUGGCUAAAAAAAUUGCGGAAAAUCAACACGUGUCUAAAAUUCUUUCGAAACCCGAUGCAUCUAAUCAUCAUAUAGUAAUCGAGGCAAAGUCACCGAUACCGGCACCGAGAGUAAUAAACCGAGCUUCUUCUGUUGACGUCCCGGAAGUAAAGAAUCAACCGGUUAGCAAGAAAAUAUCAUGUCCAGUUGUACCUUCGAAUUAUGACCGAAAAGAAAACCCAAAAAAGAAAUUACCCCCUAAACCGUUACCAAGACCGAGGUCUACAUUCUAUGAAGAGCCAGCACCUCUACUUGAAAAUGAACCGAUAUCGAAAGUAAAUGUUAAAGAUAUGGCGAUCCAACUGAAAGGGAAAAUCCGACCUGUAACCGUUGUUCCCACACUUACUCAAAACACUUUAAAAUCUUCAGAAUAUGCAGCGUAUAGAAACGAUCUUCAAUUUCCAUAAUUUUUCAUGAGCUCGUGUCUGUGCCAACAUUAAAAAUCAACGUCUUUUUCACUGCAUAAAAAACGUUUCAAACAGGCCUUUUAGAACCAAGCUCGUCCCCAUUGCACCGUUUUGUAAUUAAGUCUAUUCCCAGUGCAUUUUAAAAUUUUGAAAUCAACCUCGUUCCCAAUGAAUUUUUACAUUUUAAAAUCAAGCUCGUUCUCAGUGCACCGUUUUAUAAUUAAACUUGUUUCCAGUAAAUUGUAACAUUUUAAAAUUAAACUCGUACCCAGUGCGCCAUAAAAUUUAAAAUCAAGCUCUUUUCCAGUGCGCGAAUAAUGAGGUUUUCUUAUGCUACGUUUUUAGUCUUUUUUUAGUCUUUUGUUUUGAUAGGUCUUCUGUAAGCACAUAUAAUAAAUUAAAUUAUUUAUUUUAAAAGCAUAUAAAAUUUGUUAUUAUCACACUUGUAAAUUAUUAUACUUUUCAUUUUGAAGUGUCUAACCUUUAUAGCUGCGACAGUUAUGUUAUUUUUAGCUUUUCAUCUUCUUUACGAUAAUUUCGGUCAAAAGCGUAGAAUGCUACAGUCGACUCUCCAAUCAUAUAGCAUAUAUUUAUUAACACCAGAAAUGACUAAAGUGGAUGCCAACAGUGUUUAACAGCGAUGCUGGUGCAACAAAAAAAUAAUUUUAAAAACAUCUAAAUUUCUUCCCUCUCUGCUUAUUAGAAAAAAAAAUCGUCAGUAAAGUUCAUUUUGUUUUCACUAUUUAGGAAUCUUUGAUUGUGGCUUUGCCGGUGCAAUCACUUUUUUUCUUAUAAAUAUAGUUUCCGCUUUAUGCAGUGUCCGUUAAUUAAGAGUCCAACCUCGAACCCAGGGCCUGUGGUGUUUUUAAUAUGAAGAUGAGACAUCUUCAUAACGCUACAGGCCCGAGUUCGAGGUUGUUAAGACUCCACUUUAGCUAUAUUCAUUUUGUCCUUUUAAUCUCCAUCAGGAAAUGAUCGCAUCUCUUUAAAUCUAGUUUUCCCACGUUAUGAGUAUUUUCGCCCUAAUUUUGCUGCACAGUUUGUAAACUGUAUGUAUCCCUAAAAUUCCAAUUUUCGAGUCAAUUACAACCCGGGAGAGCAAUAAAUAUGUUAAAUUUUCCUGUUUUUUUAACUACCAGUUCUGUUUAUACACCUAACACUAAAGAAUUAUAUUAAAUAAUAUGUAACAUAUCAAACACGAAAUAAGAAUUUUGCUUUACAUUUUGUAAAAAUGUCUUAGUAAAAGAAAGAAAUAUUUCUGAUAAUUAAUCGCAUUUAUUGUA